GGUGGGACAAAAGCCAACAGAGUAUACAAGGACCAGCCAACUUCCCUGUUUCUGCUGAAGAAGCAGAGGUGGAAUUCGAGCGAAGAAAUUCGAGCACAGCCAAGAGCUAUUCCUCUGUCCCGAGCAGUGAGAGCCUCCCCUGGACACAGGAUUAUCUGGCCUUUAUUUGUACACAGUCAUGGGUCAGCUGUUCUCUUCAUCUAAGGAUGAACGCCACAGAGAUUUGGCCUCCACCUUUACCGAAUAUUUUAAAAAGUUUAACACAGGAAACAAAAUCAUUCCUCAGGAAACCAUAGAUUCAAUUGAGUUAAGCCUGACAAAAGGAAACAUUCAGGAGGCAAACUCUUCAAUCACUGAUGCAGUAAAAAAAAUUGAUAGUACCCCACUCAAUGUUGCUGUGACUGGGGAGUCUGGAGCAGGGAAAUCUGCCCUCAUCAAUGCCCUGAGAGGGGUUGGACAUGAAGACAAAGAUGCAGCUGAAAUUGGAGUGGUGGAAACCACCAUGAAGAGACAUCCAUACAAACACCCCAAUAUUCCCAAUGUGGUUAUUUGGGACCUGCCUGGGAUUGGAACCACAAAUUUCCCACCAAAAGAUUAUCUGGAGAAAAUGAAAUUCCAUGAGUAUGACUUCUUCAUUAUUGUUUCUGCCACACGCUUUAAGAAAAAUGAUAUAGACCUCGCCAAAGCAAUCAGCAUCAUGAAGAAGGAUUUCUACUUUGUGAGAACCAAGGUGGACUCUGACUUAAACAAUGAAAAGGAAUUCAAACCACGCACCUUUAACAGAGAAAAGGUCCUGCAGCAGAUCCGCACCAGUUGUGUGAAAACAUUUCAGGAGAAUAACAUUGAUGAACCACCAAUCUUCUUGAUCUCUAACAGAAAUUUGUCUGAUUAUGAUUUCCCAUUCCUGAUGGACAAGGUUAUGAGUGUUCUCCCUGAAUACAAACGAUACAAUUUUAUGCUCUCCUUGCCUCAUAUUACAGAUACAGCCAUUGAAAGGAAGCAACAAUCCCUGAAGCAGAGGAUUUGGCUAGAAGCCUUUACAACUGACCUUCUGAGUUUCAUUCCUUCACUGACCUUCUUCAUGGGCAGUGAUGUGGAGACUCUUGAGAAAAGCCUGAACUUUUAUCGAACUGUGUUUGGAGUGGAUGAUGCAUCCUUGCAGAGUUUGGCUAAGGACUGGGGAAUGUCAGUGGAUCAACUCAAGGCAAAGAUGAAAUCUCCUAAUGUGUUCGAAACUACAAAGAAAGAAACAGUACAAGAAAGGCUUUUAAGAUAUUAUGAGGAGUUCUGUUUGGCUCAUGGGCAUUUGUUUAAUAAGAAUGUUUAUGUUAAGGAAUUAUAUUACCUAAAAUUAUAUUUUGUUGACAUGGUAACAGAUGAUGCUAAUGCUCUUCUCAAAGAGAUAUGUUCAAGAAACAACUUGAUUUCUGAUUAGGCUGAAAUAGGGUUUAUUCAGGCCUUCCAGGCUUUAUCCAUACUUAGUGAUCAUAUAUCCACAUUAGCUGUACCAAGGGGAUCAGAUAUGUGUAAAUAAGCUGAGAGCUUAAAACUAUCUACUCACUUUGAAUAAGCCCUCAGGUGGAUUAAUUGCUUUUAUUUGAAUUAGUUUACUCUAUAGCAGCAUCCAUUUUUAGGUUUAACAUUGUGAUGGUUAGUGUUGUAGACAGACUUUAGAAUCACAUGGGAGAUGAACCUCUGAUCUUGCCUUUGGAGAAUUAUUUUACUUAUGUUAAUUGAGGGGAGAAGCCAUGCCCACUGUGGGGGGCACCAUUCCCUAGGUGGUGAUCUCUGACUGUGCGUGUGGAGAGAGGGGCUAAUCAACAGUAUAUAUGCAUUCAUCCAUUGUUCUCUAUUUUUUCACUGUGGGUGGAGUGGCACUACCUGCCUCCAGCUGAUGCUGUGACUUCUUGGUAAUGAUGGCCUCUGUAAUCUUGAAUUUAAUACUUGUGUCCUUUCUUGAUAGAGAUACCCAAGGAAAAACCAUAACUGAGCUAGAGACAUGGCUCAGUAGAUAAAGCACUUACCUUGCUAGUCAGAAGACCUCAGUUCAGAUCCCCAGAGCCUACAUAGAGCCAGCUAAGCAUCUGUAAUUCACACUCCUGUGGUGAGAUAAGAGGCAGAGAUAGAGAAUCCUGGAAGCUCUUAGGUCAGCUCACCUGCCAUAUGCAGCAGUGAAUAAGAGACCCUGACACAAGGAAGUAGAAGGUAAAAAACAACACUCAUGGUUGUCCUUUGACCUCUGCACACAUGCCAUGUCCUGUUCAUAUCUGCAAUCACACAUGCAAAUGCACACAAACAAAACAUUUAUUCUUUAGAAGAAGAAGGAAGGUUUGGGGCAGUAGCUCAGUGGUAUAAUACUUGCCUCACAUGCAUGAGACCUUGGGUUCAAUCCCUAGCACUCUACAAAAAGAAGAAAGGGGGGAGGCUUGAAGAGUGGGCUCAGAGGUUAAGAACAUGGGCUGUUAUAGCAGAGUAUCCAGGUUCAAUUCCCACAUAAUAGAACCCACAUAGUAGCUACAGUAGCCUAUGACUCCUGUUCCAGCUGAUCUGAUACACUCUACUGACCGCCACAGGAACUAGGUACACGUGUGGUGAACAGAUAGACAUGUGAGGCAAACAUUCAAAUUAUUUAUGUUCAAAUAAAAAGAAAGAGAGAAACAAUGACCAUAUAGAUCACAAUAGACUUAAUAAUAACUAAAAAAUUCCUAAAAAUUCUAGUCAGCAUCCUUGAGAAAAUACUAAAGAAGCCUCUAAUUCUGUGCCAGAACCAGUGAAGAUGGAGAGAUUUUUCUACCUUUUAUUGAUAGGUUUUUGAAUGUUGUGAUUACUAAAUGACUGAUUUACUUGAUAUCAAUAUCAAAAGCCAUUUAAUAAAUUUUUUAUUAAAAAGA